AUGAUUCGGUCCUCCGUUUCCUUGAAAGUAAAAAAAGGGUUCCUUUUGCAGUUGCAGGCAUGUUUUGUAUCAACGGCGGCCACAGGGGAGAUAUAUUCUAAUCUGUUGCGAAGAUAUGCGCAGAACUCAGAUUUGCUCCAUGGAAGAGCAAUUCACGCAAGAUCAAUCAAAGGGUCUAUUCCUUCAACCCGUUUUCUUCAAAACCAUUUGCUUAACAUGUAUGUCAAAAUCGGAGACCUUUCUUCGGGCCUCAAAAUGUUUGACGAAAUGCCCAGCAGGAAUGUAGUGUCUUGGUCCGCUGUCAUGUCUGGUUGCGUCCAAAAUGGCUGCGCUCGGGAGACUCUUUCUUUGUUUAGCCGUAUGCACCAGGAGGGAGUUACAAAACCGAAUGAAUUCACAUUUGUUAGUGCUCUCCACGCGUGCUCUUUAACCGAAGCUGAGAAUUACGGGACUCUGCCUCACCAGAUUUAUUCGUUAGUUAUGCGGUCAGGAUUUAUGUCUAAUAUCUUCUUACUCAAUGCCUUUUUGGCAGCCCUAAUCAGACAUGGUAAGUUGGCGGAAGCCAUUGUGGUUUUUGAGACAAGCCCAGACAAAGAUACCGUAUCUUGGAAUACCAUGAUAGGGGGUUACUUGCUGUUUUCUUGUGAUCAGAUUCCCGAAUUUUGGUGUUCUAUGAAUCGUGAAGGUAUUAGACCUGAUAACUUUACAUUUACCACCGCCCUCACUGGGUUGGCUGCUCUGUCUUAUCUUCAAAUGGGAACGCAAGUUCAUGCACACCUUGUCAAAAGUGGUUAUGGGGAUGACCUCUGUGUGAGCAACUCACUGGCUGAUAUGUAUAUAAAAAAUCAUAAGUUGGUCGAGGCUUUCAGAGCCUUUCAUGAGACGCCUAACAAAGAUGUGUGCUCUUGGUCCCAUAUUGCCGCUGGAUGUUUACAUUUCGGGGAACCGAGAAAAGCACUUGCACUCGUUGCAGACAUGAAGAAAAUGGGUGUAAAGCCAAACAAAUUUACCCUGACAACUGCCCUAAAUGCUUGUGCGAGUUUGGCUUCCCUAGAGGAAGGGAAACAGAUUCAUGGCUUGAGGAUCAAACUUGAAGGGGAAAUAGACAUUGAUGUCUGUGUUGAUAAUGCUACUCUCGAUAUGUAUGCAAAAUGUGGAUGCAUGGAUAGUGCUUGGGGUCUUUUUCGAUCAAUGAACUCCCGUUCUGUCAUCUCAUGGACAACAAUGAUAAUGGCGUGUGCACAGAAUGGCCAAUCCCGAGAAGCUAUUCAAGUUUUUGAUGAAAUGAGGGAGACAAGUGUACUUCCAAAUCACAUCACCUUCGUGUGUGUUCUUUAUGCAUGUAGUCAAGGUGGUUUUGUUGAUGAGGGGUGGAAGUAUUUUUCCUCCAUGACUCGAGACUAUGGAAUCUUCCCUGAAGAAGAUCACUACGCCUGUAUGGUGAAUAUUCUUGGCAAGGCUGGACUUGUUAAAGAAGCUAAGGAGUUAAUCCUAAGAAUGCCAGUUCAGCCGAGUGCGCUAGUUUGGCAAACAUUGCUCAGUGCUUGUCAGCUUCACGGCGAUGUACCAACUGGGAAACUUGCAGCAGAACGUGCCCUACGACGAGACCAAAAAGACCCAUCAACCUAUUUGUUGUUGUCUAACAUGUUUGCUGAAUAUAGCAACUGGGAUGGCGUGUUGAUUAUGAGAGAACUGAUGGAGAUGAAGGAUGUAAAGAAAGUUCCAGGAUCCAGUUGGAUUGAAACGUGA